CUCCGUCACCCCGCUCGCCGGUUACUCUAAUCGCGGGAACGCAACGCUGCCAGUCGCUCCUCAGCCUCUUGGUGCGCGCAGGUUAUGGAUGAGGACGCAGCGCGCCUCCCUGCAGUCUGCGGCGCGUAGAAAGGUGCCCAAAUGAACCGACGCCCUCCCGGCUCGUCUGGAGUGCAAUGGCUUAACAGAAGAGACAUGAAUGUCCGGGCGGACGACAGCAUCACCCUGUGCCAAAGGGCUCUCCAGAUCGUUACGGAACUUUGCCUUGCCGGACACGUGGAUCGAGAGAAAUGCGCUGACAUUUUCCCCUUGGAGAGCAGCAUACAAGGUAAAGGACACGCAGACAUCUCUAUCAGUCUCCUUGCUGUGGUCGUGGGUUUCUGUGGCCUCGCCUUGUUGGUAGUCUCUCUCUUUGUCUUUUGGAAGCUGUGCUGGCCCAUUUGGCGGAGCAAGACUCUGUCAGCCCACGUCGAAAAUGGCCUCCACGUGGGUUUCCCUGAGGUGCCUCCUCCCAGCUCCACUCCUGUCAUCGAGUGCAAAGUGGCGGAGGUGGAGAAGAAACACCCGCCGGAGGUGAAAGUGAACGGACGGAGCUCAAUGAAGUACCUUGAAGGAGCUAUGAAGAUCAGUCAGACGUCGCCAGACAUCCCUGCAGAGGUGCAAACAGCCCUGAGGGAGAAGAUCAGCAAACAGCCUUCAAAGAUCCAGAGGCAGACGACUGAGCCAACAUCCUCCUCCAGGCACAAUUCAUUCCGGCGCCACCUGCCUCGUCAAAUGAAUGUUAGCAGCUUAGACUUCAGCAUGGACAAAGUGCCUCUCCGCCAGUCGUCCACAGUGAGUAUUGGAAGGAUAAAACCCGAACUGUACAAGCAGAAGUCUGUAGACUCGGAGGACGAGGCCAAAGGCCACGUAGAAAUCUGUGGGAAGCUGAGCUUCUCGCUGCACUACGACUACGAGGAGGAGGCCUUAGUCGUGAAGAUCCUCAAGGCCUUGGACCUGCCUGCCAAAGACUUCACAGGCACCUCCGACCCAUACGUGAAGAUCUACCUGCUGCCAGAUAGGAAGAAGAAGUUCCAGACGCGAGUCCACCGCAAGAAUCUGAACCCCACGUUUGAUGAGACCUUCCGUUUCCCCGUGGCGUACGAUGAGAUUUGCAACCGCAAGCUGCACUUCAGCGUCUACGACUUUGACCGUUUCAUGAGCCACGACAUGAUUGGCGAGGUUGUGGUGGACAACCUUUUUGAACUCUCUGAUCUUUCAAGGGAGGCCGUAGUCUGGAAGGAUAUCCACGCAGCAACCACAGAGAGCAUUGACUUGGGAGAGAUCAUGUACUCAUUGUGCUACCUGCCCAAAGCGGGUAGAAUGACCCUAACAGUCAUCAAAUGCAGAAACCUCAAAGCCAUGGACAUCACUGGCGCUUCAGAUCCGUACGUGAAGGUUUACCUGGUAUGUAACGGACGGAGGCUGAAGAAGAGGAAGACGACAACCAAGAAAAGCACACUCAAUCCCGUUUACAACGAGGCCAUCAUCUUUGACAUUCCUCCAGAGAACGUGGAACAAGUCAGUCUGUCCAUCAUGGUGAUGGAUUAUGAUCGGGUUGGACACAAUGAGGUGAUCGGUGUGUGCCGAGCCGGGCCAGAUGCUGUGGGCCUUGGACGAGGUCACUGGAACGAAAUGUUGGCUUACCCGCGGAAACCCAUCACACACUGGCACGCUCUGGGAGAGGAAAAUACAGUGGCAGGGAAGAGCUGCAAGCUUUGAGAGUCAAAGUUCGCCCAAACCUCUGCAGACCCCCUGACGACUCCAGGUACAGUCAGAACGUCGCUGCUGGGGGGAAACCAGACAUUGGUUUUCACCGUUCUCCAGGGCAUGUAUGGAAAAGUGAAUCAUUUCCUCUGUGGUUGAAUUAUUCACUUGAUUCCAAAUUAUUUUAGUGCUCCACAGAGACAGCUAUGCACUGCACUCAAUUGCAUUCAACUCAAGAGUCUCUUGAGGUUUAUUUUGCAAACGGUUUACACAGAUACUAUGAAUAAUAGGUAUCUCUUCUAGGGGUCCAUUGUAGUCCACUUGCAACUAUUUGAGCCCUUUCAGUAUUAUUAGGAAGAUAGUUUAGCCCUAGCUCAUUACCACAAUGCCACUAUAAUUUGAUAUUACACAAAGCUGAAGGGCUAUGCUCCUCAGAGCCAGGCAAACAUUUAGUGGUGAAUAAACAAGUCACAAUCAGAUAACUGCAGGUAAUAAAACAUCUGCAAUUCAGUAAAAUUAACCUUUGACAUUUAGAAAAACAGCAGCAUGUAGCAAACAAGCGAAUGAGCAGACUGAUGGCGAUCAAUGAAGUACAAGUUUGUCUGAAAAUGUUUUGUGGUAUGUUUGUUUCUGAAAGCCAGACUGAGUCUUAAAUCUACUAAAAUGUAAUAUUUUUUACCAACACAAUAGUAUUUAGGUAGCAAAUAAAAUUUGCUAAAUUAAAAAGUAAAAUUGGAUGAAGUAUUCGACUCACAACUUUACACUUCAUUCAUGCUAGUUAAAGGAGCAUAGUGUACGUUCCAGGAUGUUUGCAGACGCCUGCCCCCUUGUGGCGACAACUUGAAAUGACACCAGUGUUGUGCAUAGGAGAAGGGGAAAAGCAUCUGCUGCUGCACAGGUCUUUUGUUUAGAAGUGUA